AGAGCGCAGAGAGGAGGAGACUCACAACCAACCUGCGGAGGAUUAUCACGACUUUCUCAAUUCUUUUACUUUUUUUUUUUUCACUCUCUAUUAUCUAUUAUAUUUUUAACGCAUCAACUUCUCUAAAGGAUAUGUCGGUGGCAGUUUCACAGAGCGUGUUCAUCCUUCUCUCCUGCAUGUUGCUGGACCCUGUGUUUUCAGCGCAGAGUCAGAUGUGUGACAUGGUGAAGGAGAUAGACAAGGAGAGGGGCCUGUGCGAGGCUCAGAUUGAGAACAAAACCACAGGUUGCAGUGGGACGUGGGACAAGAUCACCUGCUGGCCCAGUGCCGAUGUUGGAGAGGUGGUCACCAUCCCUUGCCCCAAAUAUCUCUUCUACUUCUCAAGGAACGUUCCCACACGUAACCUGUCAAAGACCUGCACUGAGGGUGGCUGGACCCCGAUCAGCAUUGACUCAUACAUAAUGGACUGCGGAUACAAUCCCAACAACACCAUAGAUGAUAACACGUCGGGAGAAUUCUUCGACGCCAUCAAAGUGGGCUACACCAUCGGUCACAGCGUGUCCCUCGUUUCUCUGACGAUCGCCAUCACCAUCCUGUGUCGCUUUCGGAAGCUGCACUGCACAAGAAACUACAUCCACAUGCAUCUGUUUGUGUCUUUCAUACUGAAAGCUGUUGCUGUUUUCAUCAAGGACGUGGUUCUGUAUGACGUCUGGGAGACAGACAAUUGCCAGUCGCCUGUGGGCUGCAAGGCAGUGGUGGUCUUCUUCCAGUACGGGGUCAUGGCGAGUUACUUCUGGCUGCUGGUGGAGGGCCUCUAUCUCCACACUCUGUUAGCCGUUUCCUUCUUCUCUGAGAGGAAGUACUUGUGGUGGUACAUCCUGAUUGGUUGGGGCGCGCCAACCAUCUUUAUCUCAGCGUGGGUGAUUACAAAGGCUUAUUUAAAUCAUCUCGGAUGCUGGGAGAUAAUCGACGACCGCCCAUGGUGGAUCAUUAAAACACCUAUUUUAGUCACCAUACUCUUGAACUUUUUCCUCUUCAUCUGCAUAAUCCGGAUUUUGCGACAGAAGAUGAAUUGCCCCGACAUCGGAAGAAAGGAAUCCAAUCAAUACUCGAGACUGGCUAAAUCCACUUUGUUGUUAAUACCUCUUUUUGGCAUAAACUACAUCAUUUUUGCCUUCAUCCCCGACCACAUCCACCCACAAGUGAGGAUGGUGUUCGACCUUAUUCUGGGGUCAUUUCAGGGUUUUGUUGUUGCUGUUUUGUACUGCUUUCUGAACGGAGAGGUACAGGCGGAGAUGAAGCGUAAGUGGCGCAGAUGGAUGCUGCAGAGGUUCCUGGGCACUGACACGAAGUACCAGCAGCCCUCUAUCGGCAGCAACGGCAACAACUUCAGCACCCAGAUCACCAUGUUGACCAAGUGCAGCCCUACAACGCGCCGGGCGUCUGAGUGUCAGGAACACCUCUCUGCCAUCUGAAACCCAUUUACGGUUAACACCCCUCUCCGUUUGUAUCGUUGGGUACUGAAUCGUACACACAUGCACUGUUGCAACGCAGUUGAUAUUGGUUACUGAAGGUUAAUAUGACAUUUUAGUACUGAAGCUAAUAUGUGUUCAUUGUAACUUUAUCCAUUACCUGUAAAAAAAAAAUUUGUGUUUUUCUUGCAAGGGUGGAAAGGCGUCUUACAAAACACCCAUUUAGUAAAAUGGGUUAUUAAUUACCUUCACAUGAAGAAUUAGUUUCCAUAAAAGACUGUUGUAAUGCAGCUUUGAUCAGGAAGAAGCGUCCACUGUUCUGGAGGUUGACUGGCAGGUAUCUGUUAUUUACAUAUAAACUCGUCUCACGCUGAUACAUCUGCAAACAGAUUAGUUCGGACGACAAAGUAGAGCUUUGCUGAGAUCACACAUGACGAGUCAACCCCAACGGGUUACUGACAAGUUGUUGAAAAUCAAUUCUCAGAAUAACAUUAAUAAAGUCUUUUCUAAUGAACACACUACAGGAUGCUGAAGGGAGAAAGAUAGUGAAUGUGAAAUUAAAGUGAAAUGGAGCUCUUGGCCAGCGGUUUACAUCUGAUGUUAAGCAACAGUUGGACAGAGCCAAAGAUGAGCUGUGUCCUAUAAGAAGCAAGAUGUUUAUUAAAAGGGUGUGUUACACAAGAGGACUCCAAGCACUUAACCUAAUGGCCCAUGUUGCUGAGGGGACCAAAGGUAACAGCAUUACUGUAAUGACAGUGUCAGGCUGUCAUGAACGGCAGUAGUCACAGAGGAGGGAUCUAUAGCGCGACCGACGUCCCUAUCCCGUCUGUGACAGUUUUAUACGGGCCAUACACUCGGCUGAAUUACUGCCGGAUAACAUUCCAGAGGAGACUCUAAAGCUCCCGCUUGUGAAAUUUAUCUCAGAUUACAAAGGCUUUUAGUUUUGGUAUGAGUGCGCGGUCGCUGAGCAGACGUUCAUUUUGACUGUUUCUGCAACUAAUGGACCAGAUGUAUUCCAUUAUUAGUCCACACGAUACACAACAUUGUGAAUAAAUAUGUGGCAACACUGAUUAACUUCCAUUAACUGGAUUGCAUGGAUAAUUCAUUUCAUUGCAUCGAUUGUUAGCUUUCUAUUUUAUUCUAUAUUCACAGAGUCAAUCAAUAUUGUUAUUGUUAAUGUACUAUACUGUUUUCUGGCCGGUCGGCCCACCACUUUGGGUCCAGAUGGAAAUAUCUGGACAACUACAUGAUGGAUUGCCAUGAAAAUUGUGUACAUUCAUUGUUCCCAGAGGAUGAAUCUUAAUGAUGAUCUUCUUCUUAUCUAGCGCCACCAGCAGGUCAAAGGUUCCAUCAUCUACCAGAUGAUAUUUGGGCAACAUUUUUUUUUACAGACAUUCAUUAUUACAAGUAGAUGGACCCUAAUGACUUUCUCCUCUAGCGUCACCGAGAGGUUGUGGUUCAACAUCUAUUGGAUGGAUUGUUUAGUUAUUUAUUAUUUAUAUGUAUAUACAGUAUAUAUAUGAUAUAUAUUUUAAAUAUUGUUUAUUUAGUUCAGACAUUCAUGUUCUAAAUGAAUUGUAAUAGUAAUGGUUAUGCCUUAAAGGACCAGUGUGUUGCAUUUUGGGGGAUAUAUUGGCAGAAAUUGAAUAUAAUAUUCAUAACUAUAUUUUCAUUAGUGUAUAAUCACCUUAAACUAAGAAUCGUUG